AGGCAGGAUGGCUCCAGCAAAGAAAGGUGGAGAAAAGAAGAAAGGGAGAUCUGCCAUCAAUGAGGUGGUGACUAGGGAAUAUAUCAUCAACAUUCACAAACGGAUCCAUGGAGUGGGAUUCAAGAAACGUGCCCCCCGUGCUCUCAAGGAGAUCCGUACAUUUGCAGUGAAGGAGAUGCAUACGCCUGAUGUACGUAUUGACACCAGAUUGAACAAAGCAGUCUGGGCCAAUGUUCCCUACCGGAUCCAUGUACGUUUAUCCAGAAAACGCAAUGAGGAUGAAGAUUCACCCAACAAACUAUACAUGCUGGGUACCUAUGUACCAGUCACCACUUUCAAAAGUCUACAGACAGUCAAUGUGGAUGAAAACUAAACUGA